CCGCGCUUAAUUUCUAAUUCCCCGACCCGCCCAGCGCCAACACCAAAACCCUAGCCCCUGCAGCCGCCCCUCAAGUGUCUAUUCCCUCAGCGUCUCUCUCCCCUCUCCUCUCUCCUCUCCUCUCCUCCAGAUUCUUCACCUCCCGAGCCCCCUCCUCCAGACCUCCGCCUCCGCUCUCUCCUUCCCCUUGCCGACUACUUCCGCCUCCCCAUCGACGGCGACUGCGGCGGCUCGACGGGGCAAGAAAGAUCCAUCUACGCGAGGUCAGAUCCUCUGCUCUACUGAGAAUUUUAUUUUAAUUCUUCAAUAUCCAAGCAGGUUGCAAGAGUGUUUGCCACUAAUCCAAAUAAAGUCUGAACCACAGCUAAAAGAAAAGGAGGAAAAAAGAAGCAUCCAAUGUUGAAAUUACAAGUUAGAACAGCAUAGACUUGUGGAUUAAUUAGGACAACAAACAGUUAUGACAUGAUCAGAUGACUACUAUAAAGAGAAAGUUUGCUAAAUUAUAUAACAAUGCCUUUGAGAAAAUCAAGAUCGAGUGCUGUUGAGAAAGCCUUGUCUCCUGAAGAACAGCAAGCAAAGAUAAAUGAAGUUCGAAGGAUGAUUGGUCCAUUGUCGGAAGCACUGCCAGACUUCUGUUCAGAUGCUUCAAUAUCAAGGUACCUCCGGUCAAGAAACUGGAAUGCAGAAAAGGCAAGUAAAAUGCUGAAAGAGACUGUGAAAUGGAGAUUGAAAUACAAGCCAGAAGCCAUUCGCUGGGAAGAUGUUGCCCAUGAAGCUGCUACUGGAAAGAUUUAUCGGGCUGAUUACUCUGACAAAUAUGGAAGAUCUGUUCUUGUUAUGAGGCCUGGAUUUCAGAAGGAAGGGAAGCUCUCGUCAACUGAGUCUGCAGUGAGGAAGGCAGAGGAUGUGGUGAGCAGCAUGCUGGCCAAGGGUUUUGUCCUGAGCAAGGAUGCCCUCAAGAGAGCUAGGUCUUUUGACGAACGACACCAUUUUAUGUCCGGCGCCUCAGCUAUGGCUUUAGUCCCCUGGAGGAUCUCACUGGAAUUAUUGGGCAAUCAUCAUCCUCUUCUACCUCUACAAGUCAAGCUCCAGAGCUGUACUCGCGUGAAGACCUUCUAGGUAUUUUUGAGCACUAAAAGAAAAAAUGGCAAGAGAAGGUUCUUCAAAAGAUGAGAGAAGAGAUUGGCUUUGGACCAUGGCGGCAGAACGGGGGGUAAUGGUGAUUCUGGUUCUGCUGAUCAUGCUUCAUUAUAAUUUCUUUUGCCUUAGAUGAUAGGUCUUUGCAUUCCUAGGAGGAAUGAAAUCUCUGUUAUGACAUACUUUUUGUAUUUUAAUUUUGAUGGAUUUAGGACAUGUUGAUGCCUAUUUUGAAUGACAUGUUAAAAAACUUGUGUAAUGUUGAAUGCCUUUGCUAUUAAUGAUAUUAUUAUUAUUAUUAUGAGCCAA